UUGGACACAGCACUGGCGUCGUAUGUCUGAAUCUGAUGAAGAGUCGGAACAGCUUCAGUACAAGGUCAUACUACUUGGUGACGGUUCUGUGGGAAAGACUUCAAUUGCGAUGAGAUUCACAGAAGACUAUUUUGGAAAAAGCUACAAGCAGACUGUCGGGCUGGACUUUUUCGUGCGAAAAGUCACCCUGCCAUCUGAAAUCGACGUCACGAUACAGGUCUGGGACAUCGGAGGACAAACUCUUGGCGGAAAAAUGAUCAAUAAAUAUGUUUAUGGGGCACAGGCGAUAGUGCUCAUCUAUGAUAUCUCCAACUAUCAAAGUUUUGAGAACUUGCAAGACUGGUACGCUCUCGUGAAAAAAACUUUCAAUGGUCGACUCAUGCCAUACGUUGCACUGAUGGCGAACAAAGCAGACCUUUCACAUAUCAGGGCUGUCACACCUGAAAUGCACAACGAAUUUGCGGACGCAAAUGAGAUGUGUAGUUAUUUUGUUUCAGCUAAGACAGGGGAUAAUGUCACAACAACCUUUUAUCGAGUGGCUGCUGACCUUGCAGGCAUUGAUUUAAGCAACCAGGAGAUCGAGGUGGUGCGCAAAAUAGUAAGGGCUGAAAUUGUGAAUAAUCCGACCAGCCACGUUGCCCGGAGAAAGGCAGAAGCGAAAAAGACUUCCUCCAAAUGCAUUAUCAUGUAGGGCAAGGGCAAGUAGACUCACUAGUAAUACUCUGAAAAGGCAUCCCGACUGUUUGCCUUGUGUUCUUGAUUGUCUACUGUUCCCUGGUCUGGUUUUGUCCGAAACACAGCAAUAGCAAUUCCCGAAUGAAGGCACGCUUGAUCAGGUUGAUUGAAUUCAGUUGAACCAUUCUCGCGAAUACAUGCGAAUUCGUCCCUCUGUCUGAUAGCUCUGUCAACACCCUGAUCCAUCAGCUCUUCAAGGCAUAGGACUAUACACGCGGUCUGGUUGUUUGUCCGGUCCCGUGGCGGGCUUUUGGAGACUGGCUCCAAACGCAUUUGAUAUGCUGAAUUUUGUUGGUCCGGAAAAAACCCUAGUUGGGAGAUACCCUGCCGCGCCGUGCCCCCUUCUCCCAUCUAUACCGGCGGCGCAGCCAGAGGCGCUGAUCAUAGUACGAAGGUACGUCGGUAGUAGAUCACUAUCUAUACUACUUCUGCACAAAUAAUAAUAUAAAAGACAUGGUACCUUCGAGGUAGAUUUCUAUGAUAGGCCUUCGUAGCCCUAUUUUAACCAUCAAUUGUAUGCAUUAAACUAGCUACGUGUACGAUUCAAGGUCACAAUGUAUGCUUUGCGUGUCUGAAAGGAAUCUGGAUGGUUUCGAAUUUUAAAGGAGAUUUUGCUUUGAAACUAAAGUCGUUGCAUGGUUGCAUGGGGGCUGCAGCAGCACUGAGCGUCGGUGAGUCGUGUAAUCUCACUGAGGACAAGACGCGACCUCUCUUCUCCGGGGCGCUAACUUUUAAUAGGAAUAAAGAGCAGGAUUACCGUCAAAGACACUGUGCGCGUGCGAGAAUCCAAGUGAAUAGAUAUGGACAGCAAACACAGUUCUCACGAGGUCUUUAUGUUCACUGAAAAACGGAUGUGCAGGCAACUGAAGUCUGGAAGUCAGCAGGAGAAAAAAUACAAAAUCAGCCACGAAGGAAGUCAGCGAUACACAAACUGUAACAAGGAUUUUCAUUAUCU